UGUGAAAAUGGGGGAGAAAUUGGUGUUCAUGUGGGGGUAUAUUCCGGGGGCGUUGUCGCCGGUGGUGGUGCGGCCACCCAACGGGGGAAAUCCUUGGAAGGAUGUUUGCGGCGGUGGCUGCGGUUUCGCCAUGGCAAUUUCUGGUAAUUUGUUUCCCCUUUGACUGAAUUGCGUAGUUGGAGAGUCGGCAUUGGAUUCGAGUGACAACUGAUGGAUUGAUUUAUCUGUCUGUUGGGUAGCGAUGGAAGUGGCUGGCCUUCUAUUUUCAGCUGUUGUAUUUAGUGAAUGGUUCCGAGCAAAUUGCUUUUUAGCAUUUCCAGUCGUUUAACUGUGAAAUUGAUUGAAAAACCUGUAUGUUUGUGCAUUUCUGCAAGAUGCCUACUCUGGUGCUGUGCUGUUUCACUUUGCUGAAUUCAGCUGCAAUGUUCGCCCCGCCCUAGAUUCACGGCUUUCUGUCAGGAUGACUAAAAAUUUCUAUGUUUAUAUUUAGGGGGAUGUUGGUUCUGGAAUAUAUCUAAGUUCAAUUUUCAAUUUUGAUUCCAAAAAGAUUGGUUCUCGUUGAAUUUGGAGAAUGUUCGAAGAAGUGGGUUGACUAAGUUUGAAUUUGGAACGACAAGAGACAUGGAUCUGACCCUUUUUUCUGUUUUUUAAAGAUUCUGGGAAGCUCAUUACAUGGGGAUCCAAAGUUAUGUGACUUGUGGGAAACACGGGCUAGCUGGUGGGGAAGUUUAUACAUGGGGGUGGAAAGAAUGCGUGUGUUCCUUCUGGAAAGGUUUUUACGGACCCUUUAAAGCAUAGAUACGCAUACUUUUGAGAAGCAAAGCAUGUUGUUGAAUGAACAAGUGAGUCCUCGCUCCCAUGGUUCACGAUCAUGUGGAGGGUCUGAUGAAAAGUCUAAGCGAGCUGAAGGCUCAGCAUCCGGAGCUCUUUCUGCAUUCCCUUGUUUGGUUUCACUCAACCCAGGCAUUACGAUUGCUGGUGGUUGACACACAUUAGCAUUGUCGGGUAAUUAUUUGUAUUUCUUUAUUUAAUGUCACGAGCAGCAGAGCUGCUGCUAUCUUGCUUCUUUUUCCUUUUGUUUGCCAAAGUUACAGACAAAUGUAGGACAGGACAGGACAGGACGGGAUUAUGAUGGUAUCUUGACUUCACCUCAUCCUGUAUUGAAUCAUUUUUCAACAAGGAUCACGCCAUGGGCCUUUCUCGUGGAAACAUGGCGGCUUCAGAGGGUCAGUUCCGGAAGUUGUUAAGGCUAUCGACAAUAGUGCAGUGCAGUGCAGUGGUUACAGAAAUAUUGUUAAUUUGUUACGCGGAAGGGAGAUAUCCCCCAACGGACAAAGAACAAAACGAAAGUUCCACUCAUGGGUAGAAGCAAGGUCAUUAGAACAUUUGUUUAGCCAGUACUACCCUCCUCUGAGGGUACAACCUGAACCCUUCCCAAUAAGUGCAUUAGCCUUCAAUCAAGCUGGAAAUAUGCUUGCAUUCAAUCAUGGCAAUUUAGUGAAGAUAAUUACUUGGCAAACUGGAAGAUACCUAUUGCAACCGGUUGGGGAAAAUGUCACAACUUGGGCGGUUAAAUUCCAUCCAAUUGAAUCUAAUGUGUUUACAAGUGGAAUUAGAAGGAAUGGCGUAAAAGUGUGGAAUGCAAAUCAUUUCGCUGUUAUCAGGAUAUAUCACUUUAGGACUGAAGUGUUAUCAGUCGCUUUCAAUACUGAGGAAAUCUUGGCAGUAGCCAGUGAGAAUAAGCUUUUCAUAUGGCCAUAUAGAGCAGGAGAGGGAGAAGGACCGGUAGAUCUUGUUGUACUUGAACCUAUCCUAACAAUAAGAAGUUCGAUCAGAGCAGUAUAUUUUCAUCCCACUGCUGCAUAUCUUAUGACUGCUGAGGCCAGUGAAUUUGAUAUUUUGGCUAUGGACCUUGCAACUGUACCUAGAGAUGAGCAUAACCUCUCUGUGUCUACGGGAGCUGCUUUUCUACAGGUUCAACAUUACACAACAAACCUUAGAAUAUGGGAGUAUGACAUAAGAAAUCCAUAUACAGCUCUUACGGAACGGAGGUGCCGCUUAACAAUUCAACAGGUUAUUCUUUGUAGGGAAAUGGGUGCUCAUAUUUCUCCAUGCGGAAGAUUUUUAGCCGUUUGUGUAGCAUGUCUUAAGCCAAUAGAGGAUCCUCCUCGUCGUGGUCCUCGUCGGGUUUUGUUUGAAUUAAGGAUAUAUUCUCUUAUGGAGCCUGGGCCUAUAUUUGGUUUUUCUUUACGAUCUUGUCUAAUCUACGCACCUGCAUACGUGACUGCAAUACAGUUCUCGCCUACCUCAGAACAUCUAUUGGUAGCUUAUGGACAGUCCAACAAAUUGCUUUCUAAAACCACUGAGAUUGGGGAAGCACCGGAGUAUAGAAUUUUAGAGGUGUACAGUGUUCGUAAUCUGCAACGAAUUAAGUCUAUUUACAGCGAACAAGAAGUGGCAGCUGCAGCAUGUUUUCAUCCUUUGGCUGGUGAAGGCUUUGCUUAUGGAACGAGUGAUGGAAGGGUCCGGUUUCUAAAAUCGGAUAUAUAACUGGAUGAAUUGGAUUUUGACCACCAUGGCGGCUUUCUAGACGAAAGGCAGGCUGGUGUUGAAGGCUUCAUCAUGUAAGGCGAGAAGAGAGCAGCAGCAGGAGAAGAGAGCAGCAGGUGAAGAGUGUGACCUCUAGUGUCUUCUUCGCGUUUAUAAUUUUGAGCAGCAUUGUGAUUAAAAAUGACUCUCGCCUAUCGCCUAUCGGCACAUUCAUCAUACUACUUCACAAUUAACAUCAUCCAAUCCAAAUCAAAUCAAAACACCAAUUCAGAUCGAAUUAUUUAUGAUUCAAAU